UUACGAGGCUUAAAAAUGGGAUUAAUGUCUUCCUGAAGCCAUACGACUCAUUAGCACAGGGCGUUAGAAUUAUGAUUUUUUUUUUACUGAACAGAUCACUACGCAUUAGCUGUAGUUUCUCUGCGCUAACCGGCCCUGUUUAGCAUGUGACGUAACAGCGACGACCCGUCACCAGCACGUGACAUCUUCAAGUGACGCUCGUCACUCCCGUUACUGGACCACGCGGAUCCAAGUGCAGUCUGAACAUUAGCAAAGUGGGCUCAACAACAGAAUUCUUCUUUUCGCUUUAAAUCCAAGAAUAACGACAUCACUUGUGCUGUAGAAUAACAGGGAGGAAAUGUGCAAUAAACCAGCGAACGAAAUCAAUCUGCGAGGUAAAUACAUGUGACAAUAGUGGGACAUCGAGAUAUUACACACUUUUCACCUAAAAGUUAUGUCGAAACAAUAAACGGAUGUCUUUAACCCCAUGGUUGUUCUCCACCCCUUAAACGUCACAUAACACCAACUAUAUAGCAGCAUGAGCAAGAGGUCACGUGAAAUAAACAUGACAGGGUUCACACUCAUUCGCUAACUUAUGCUGUAUCCUUUCACCCCUUUGUAGGGUUUUCAUGCUUCAUUUUUUUGCAAACUUGGUUUUGCAUUUUCCCAGGAUUACACCUCUUUCCAUUGUUUACUUUCUUCGUUUCGUGGGACAACUGCGUUCAUCUUCGUUUUUUCCAACAGCACCUGAAGGCAGCAGAGGCUCAUCUGUUGGACGCAGGGAAACUAAUCAGGAGCCAAGUAAAUACUUUUCGGGGCUGUUAGCUUCGAGGCUAGCGAAGCUUACAAAGUCAUCCGCCCGGACGACUCCGACGUACAGACGUGACUUUAUGGAGUGAGCCGUCUCUUUAGCACAGCACACACCGUCCCGGGACAUGUUUUAGGAGCGCCGUUUCGUUACGCUAAAAGUAGCGAGGCGGGACAAGCCCUCGGCCGCUAGCUCGCUGCCGUUAGCCGGGGGGACCGAAGCCCGAAGGGAGGAGGGGGGAAAUGGAGCUGGACGGCGGGGUCCUCUACCAGGACGACUCGGGCGACGCCACCGUGAUGUCCGAGCGGGUCUCGGGUCUGGCCGGCUCCAUCUACCGCGAGUUCGAGCGGCUGAUCGAGCGCUACGGCGAGGACGUGGUGAAGGAGCUGAUGCCGCUGGUCGUCGCCGUGCUGGAGAACCUGGACUCGGUGUUCGCCGCCAACCAGGAGCACGAAGUGGAGCUGGAGCUGCUGCGGGAGGACAACGAGCAGCUCGUCACCCAGUACGAGCGGGAGAAGGCGCGGAGGAAGCACGCGGAGGAGAGGUACAUCACCUUGGAGGACUCCCAGGACGGCGAGAAGAAGGACCUCCAGAGUCGACUGGUGAUGUUGGAGUCGCACACGCGUCAGCUAGAGCUGAAAACUAAAAACUAUGCAGAUCAGAUUGGCCGGUUGGAGGAGAGAGAAGCGGAUAUCAAGAAGGAGUACAACAGCCUUCAUCAGAGACACACUGAGAUGAUCCACAGCUACAUGGAGCACCUGGAGCGAAGUAAACACCAGCACGCCGUCUCAGCAGCAGAGUCCUCGGAGGCCGGCACGCCGGCCAGAGCGCGAAAGGAGCGUCCCAUCUCCAUGGGGAUAUUCCAGCUUCCUGGGACUGAUGGUAUGACCUCUGACCUCCAGAAGGAACCUGUGGACACCCCUUCUGAGCCGUGGAGAUUCAACAACCUGAGCCACCCGCGCUCCAACACCAGCCUCAGGCGUGGGGAAGAGUCCUCCCCGGUCACAGUGGAAGCUGGGUGUUGGAAGGAGGCCGACCAGGACCAGGAUGAAUUGUCCGGUUCCACCCGCGGAGGCUCCAGGUCCAGUACUCCAACCAGCCAGGGAAGUGUCUCCAAAAGUGGAACUCCCGUGUCCUCACAAAGUGGAGGCUCCAAACCCAACACCUGCAUGUCCUCUCAGGGUGGUUCCUCUCAAUCCAACACCCCCACAUCUACCAACAGUGCUGGCUCUCCGUCCACCACGCCGCUAUCUCCUCCCGGGGGAGCGUCCACGAGGACGUGUCCGCCGUCCGCCGUGGCCGGAGGGUCCGGCUCGUCCGCUGCCGCCUCUGAGUCCUCCUGUUCUGCUGUCUCCGUGGCAACGUCGGACGGGCUCAACGAGAAGGUGGGCAGGAGCGGGGGAAAGCCGGGCGGCGGCAGAGACAUCGCGUCAGUGCAAGAGGGACAGCAGAGUCAUCCGGACUCGGCUUUCACGCUCCUCAAAGAUGGAGCAGACAACCGGGAGACGUCCGAGGUGCAGGCCAUCAUCGAGUCCACCCCUGAGCUGGAUAUGGACCUCGAUGGCUUCAGAGGAGCAAGCACGCCAACUAAAGGCGGCAUUGAAAACCUGGCGUUCGACCGCAACACCGACUCUCUGUUUGCCGAGCUGUCAUCUGCAGGCAACGACCUGAUCGGAGACAUGGACGAGGGAGCCGACAUGCUGGACUACAACUUUCUAGGUAUGGGUCGGGAAGUCGAACAUCUGAUCCACGAGAACGCCCAGCUGCUGGAGACCAAAAACGCUUUGAACGUGGUGAAAAAUGACCUCAUCGCCCAAAUGGACGAGCUGUCCUGUGAGAAGGAGGCGCUGCGAGGUGAGCUGAAUGCCGUCACCCAGGCCAAGUCCAGACUGGAGGACAAGAACAAAGACUUGGAGGACGAACUUAAGAAGAUUCGAGCAGAGCUUGAAGACGCCAAACACACGGUCAAGAAUGACAACGAGGAUGACAGCGACGUGCCUACAGCACAGAGGAAGCGCUUCACCCGGGUGGAGAUGGCCAGGGUCCUGAUGGAGAGGAACCAGUACAAGGAGAGGCUGAUGGAGCUGCAGGAGGCGGUCAGAUGGACGGAAAUGAUCAGGGCUUCAAAGGAGAACCCAGGUCUUCCAGAGAAGAAGAAAUCCAGCCUUUGGCAGUUUUUCAGCCGUUUGUUUAGCUCGUCGGGCGGGGCGGCUAAGAAGCCGGCGUUGGAGGCCCCGGUGAACGUCAAGUACAAUGCGCCCACCUCUCAGAUCCAGCCGUCAGUCAAGAAGAGGAGCACCACCCUGCAGCAGCUGCCCAGCGACAAGAGCAAAGCCUUUGAUUUCCUCAACGAGGAAGUGGCCGCCGAUAACGUGGUGUCCAGGCGGGAGCAGAAGAGGGCCCAGUACAAGCAGGUCAAAGCCCACGUCCAGAAGGAGGACGGCCGAGUGCAGGCUUACGGCUGGAGUCUGCCCAAGAAACACAAAGCGAACGGCGGUCAGACGGAGAGUAAGGUGAAGAAUCUACCUGUUCCCGUCUUCCUCAGACCCCUGGAUGAGAAAGAUGCUUCUAUGAAGCUGUGGUGUGCUGCGGGCGUGAACCUCUCCGGGGGUAAAACCAGAGACGGAGGUUCCAUCGUCGGGGCCAGCGUGUUCUACAACGACGUGCCCGGACCAGAGAGCCCCACAAAGAAAAUGGGAUCUCAGAGCAGCCUGGAUAAACUGGACCAGGACCUCAAGGAGCAGCAGAAGGAGCUGCGGCAGCACGACGAGUUGUCGUCGCUGGUUUGGAUCUGCACGAGCACCGAGUCCACCACCACAGCCGUCGUCAUCGACGCCAACCAGGCUGGCAACAUCCUGGAGACCUUCUUUGUGUGCAACUCCCACGUGCUCUGCAUCGCCAGUGUUCCAGGUGCAAGAGAGACGGACUACCCGGCGGGGGAGGAAGUGGCCCCGAGCGGCGUGGCGGGACCAGCGGGGGACGCCGGCUCGCCGUCGGCCCACAGCGGCUCGCCGUGUGGGGAGGGCGUGCUGGGAGGCAUCACUGUCGUGGGCUGCGAAGCUGAGGGAGCAGCAGCCGUCCCUCAGACCGCAGGAGAGGACGGAGAAAGCGAAUCCCGGCCGGCAGAGGAAGCCACAGAGGCGACCGAGGCGAGCGCCGGGCCUGCCGACCAAAGAGAGAGCCUGAGGGGAGCCUACACCGAACACGUCUUCACCGAUCCACUGGGAGCUCAGCAGACAGCAGAGGCUCUGGCCAACUACUCGCAGAGGGAGUGCGAUCUGUUGAAAGACGGCGUGAGUUCCAACCCCAACGCGGAGGAGCAGGACCUGAUGAGGGAGGAGGCUCAGAAGAUGAGCAGUGUGCUGCCCACCAUGUGGCUGGGAGCACAGAACGGAUGUGUGUACGUCCACUCCUCCGUGGCCCAGUGGAAGAGGUGUCUCCACUCGAUAAAGCUGAAGGACUCCGUGCUCGGGAUAGUGCAUGUGAAGGGCCGUGUACUGGUGGGUCUCGCUGACGGCACUUUAGCCAUUUUCCACAGAGGAGCAGACGGACAGUGGGAUCUGACCAACUACCAUCUGUUAGACUUGGGCCGGCCGCACCACGCCAUCCGCUGCAUGACUGUAGUGCACGACAAAGUGUGGUGUGGCUACAAGAACAAGAUCUACGUGGUGCAGCCCAAAGCCAUGAAGAUGGAGAAGUCCUUUGACGCACACCCCCGUAAGGAAAGCCAGGUCCGUCAGCUGGCCUGGGACGGGGACGGCAUCUGGGUGUCCAUCCGACUGGACUCCACCCUCAGGCUUUUCCACGCUCACACCUUCCAGCACCUUCAGGACGUCGACAUCGAGCCCUACGUCAGCAAGAUGCUUGGUACGGGGAAACUGGGUUUCUCAUUUGUGAGGAUCACAGCGCUCAUGGUGUCAAGUAACCGCCUUUGGAUCGGCACUGGAAACGGAGUCAUCAUCUCCAUCCCUUUAACAGAAACGGCAAACAAAGUAACCAAGGCAGCGGCGAGCAACCAUCCAGGAAGCGUGGUUCGUGUGUAUGGCGACGACAGCAGUGACAAAGUGACUGCAGGGACAUUUGUUCCAUACUGCUCCAUGGCUCACGCUCAGCUCUGUUUCCAUGGUCACAGAGAUGCUGUCAAGUUCUUCACCGCCGUACCAGGUCACGCAGUUCCAUCCGCGUCCUGCGGAGCGGAGGCAGCCGGCGACAAGACGGCAGACGCCGCAACUCAGGAAGGAACCAAGUCCAUGCUGGUGAUGAGUGGAGGAGAAGGCUACAUCGACUUCAGGAUGGGUGACGAGGACGCGGAGGAGAGCGAGCAGCCCCCCUUGAAGCUGCAGCCGCUCGCAGGUAAAGCCGAGCGCAGCCACCUCAUCGUCUGGCAGGUCAUGACCAGCGAGGACUGAACUGACCCCCCAGGACCCACUGAGGCCCUGAUGCUCCUUUUCCUCCUGAACCGGCUGUCACGGACGGAGGAGUUCAGGUGGACGACUCUACAAGCAGAGGACAACUAGCACUUUCUUUCUUCCUGAACAAUUCGAGUGAAACAAGCAGCAACUGGAUUCGACCAGUGCAAACUAAAUAAAAAAAAAAAUCCAUAAUUUCUUAUUUGUAUCUUUAGAAUAUACAUAUUUUAUGAAUUUGAAUUAUUUUAAUCUGUUAUGAUGCCUCUUUAUCUUUUAUUAUUUAAGCUAAAGCUGGAAGCAGAACUCUUUGUUAUGUUUGCUCACCAAAUCCAAUGCAUUUUCCUCCUGGUUCCCUUCACUCAUUUUAGGGGUUUUAUGCUCAUGUCGACUCCACGUCACACUAAAUGAGAACAAUCACGUGGGAGCUCCCCUGUUGCCCUUCAACAAUGUAAGACUGUGGCAAUUAUUGCGGGAGCAAUUGUCAUUUUUAUUUGGUUUUUCAUCCUUUUGAAAACUUGGCUUUUGAUUGUAUGCAAGACAAAGUUAAUCGAAAUAGUCAAAUGCAAUACAGCUUCCCCUGGUUAAUAUUCAAGAUGCAGGUCCUAGUACAUCCCUCUCAUGCAAGCUCUACCAUUAACGUUUCAGUCACAGAGAAAAGCAAUAUUGAAAUAUGUCCUGCAAUGUUCUUCUAAUUUGUGGCUGCAAAAACAAUGGCAUUCAUACUGCUGUGCUGCUGUGCUUCGUGCCUAAUGCUAAUUCGCAGAAGUUAGCUCGCUUAAGGCCAACGCUGACGUCGUUGUUAAGCUCAAGCACGGCCUCAGUGCCGCUAACGUGUCUGCCAUUCUUUUUAAGUUAAGCCGGCUCUGUGACUCUGAGGUCCCGAUGAUGCAUCGGAGGCACGAACUGCAGCCCAAAUAACUCUGGGACAAAAUCCAAUUCUCAUUAAUAAUCAAAUGGAAAGCGGCGGCUUCUGCCAACAGGCGCUGGUCAGCCCGGCCUCCGCUGCAGGUGGUGGUUGUUGGUAUUAUGCAAGUAUUUAAUCCAAUGUGAUGGGAGGAUGCUGUCGACCCACUGCUCUCAAUCUACAAACCAGCUAGUAGACACUUUAGAAGAAACAAAAACAACGUUUUUGAUUUACUCUGCUUUUCAGGUGUGACAAAGUAUUUAUUUUUCCUUCAAAGAAUGUUGCUGCGCUUGCUACCAAAGUAUAAAGACUUAACGAUGGCUAGUUUUUCACCGGCUGAGAGGAUAAGUGUCUCACUAAUGUAGAGCAGCAUGUGUGAGUCGGCCUCCAUGAGGAUGAAAUGCACGUUUUCACAAAAUCCCGUUUUAUAGUUGAGAUAUAUUUUUAGACUUUCAUAUCUGGGAAUUAAUGUAUUUUCAGCAGAGAGCAGAUUGUGCUGUGCCUGUCACGUUAACGGUCACAAUUUGAACAUAAUUCGCGGCGCUGCCCCCCUUUAAGCCAGAACAUCUUUAUCUGGGGUUAAUGUGUUUAUCCUGAUGGCAGAAUGAUGUUUUAAGUCCUUUUUCUUUCAGGCUGUACUCUCUGAGAACGGUGCACAAGCGGUUCACUCGGGUGUAAAAUGAGACUGUAACUCUGGCCCUUGUGUACCAGCACACUGCACUGUGUGCUCUUUGUUUGGUCCUCCUUUGUAUUGAACCGCGUCCGAGUGUGUGUGUGUGUGUGUGUGUGUGUCCUCUCCAAGAGAGGAGUGAGACGUUAUUGCAGAUUAGCCAUUUCAGUAUUUAUUUACAAUGAUUGAGCCUUUGCAAUUCCGAAUGUAUCUUUUGUAAAUUGAAUAUAUAUGAUUAUAUAUGCUUGGGUUUACUGUUUCCAUAUGGUAUGAAUGUGUUUUCUGGGGGGAAGGGAGGGUCACUCAGCUAUGCACUGUCUGUAAGGAGGUGGGGUUGUUUCAUUUUCUGGUGUGAUCAGUUUUGGGCGAACGCCUUCCUCCACAGGUCUGUCCGCCCUCUCAUCUGCAUAUGGUGUCUUUAACCAGCGUCCUCUCUUCCAAGUGAGCACCAUCUUGUUCUUCUUCUCUGGCCUUACAUGUUUUUUCUAACGGUCAAAUUAAAGCUUUUUUGUGAGCUUC